GCGAACGGCCGGGCCACGGCGUACAUGCUCCUCUACCGACGCCGCGACGCCGGCGCGCGGCCGCCCGCCCGCCGCCGGCUGCCCGCGCGCUUCUUCGCCGAGGCGGUCCUGCACGACCUGGCAGACGCGACGCCAGGGGCGGCCAGCGGCGUUGGCGGCGGACCGCCCGUACCACCACCUCAAGGAACGCCGCCUGGUGGGUCGCCCAACACGUUCGACCCUGGCUCUGGGCCGUCGAGCUUGGGCGGCGGCGGCGGCG